AUGAGCACAUUUGAAACCUCUUAUGACCAUAAAUCACUAAGUAACAAAAUCUCCUAUGCGGGGAAACAUGGCUACCAUUUGGAAUUCGACUGGUUCGGGGAUGGAUACUGGCACAAGCUGGACAUGAUGGAGCAGCUUAUAGCACACGCGAAAUAUGACUGGAUCUGGUGGAUUGAUUACGACACUCUCAUCACAAAUACAGACACUAAGCUGGAGGAUCUCAUCGAGGGCUCGUUAGCAAGUGUCUCCGACCCAAAUAGGAUUAACUUCCUGUUAACCUCAGAUUGCUUCAAACUAAACGCUGGCUCCAUGCUGCUUCGCUCCACCUCCCAAGUGCUCGCCUUCUUGUCUCGGGCCAAAACCUGCCGAUAUGACCCUCUGCCUGGUCUGAACAAUAAUCCCUCUGAGCAAGACUGCAUGCUGCAGCUAAUUGAAGAGAAUCAGCACGAUGAGCAGGAGCAGGUGCUAUUUAUUCCACAGUGGAAAAUGAAUGCAUUUCCAGAAGAGAUACCUUGUUAUGACCAUUACAACAAGAAGUGGGAGCCGGGGAUGUUUGUCGUGCAUUUUGCUGGGGCUUGGGCUCAUAUGCCAAAUCGAACAGAUGCAAAAGCAGAGCUCUUCGAGAGGUACUACUCCUUGAUCGAUCAUGAACCACAUGCCCGGUCGGACCAGAGCCAAGUGCUCUAA